CAUUCGAAUGAAUCUACCAAUGUAGAUGAUUUAUUUGGCGGAAGUCACGAAAAUGAAUUCCUAAACGAGAUACAGAAACAGGAAGAAGCAACGGACAAAGAUGAGGUUCUCUUAGGUUCAUCAGAGAAUAUUCAAUCAGCGCAACAUACGUUUCAAAAUCAAAAUACUUCUCAGGCUGAUGCGUCUCUUCCAGAAGAGCCAAACAAGCUUGCAUCGCAAUCUGAGAAUGCCACAAAGGAAAUAGUGGAUACAAAUAAGCCACAAGCAAAAGAUCACUUAGACGAACUUUUUCAAGAUGACGAUCACGAUUUUCUCCAAGAGGUAGCAUCCGACAACAAAAGUAGCCCAUUCGAAUUCCCACCAAAGAACGAUACAGCUGAAGUUAAGGACAAUGAGAAAUUUGAAUCUUUAAAUAAAUCUCUCGAUUUCUUGGAAUUGGACGACGACCUUCUAGAUGAUGAGUUUUUGGAAGAUGAAAACACUGACCAAAAUUCUGAUGUACAAACAAAGUCAAAUAAGCAAACAUAUUUACCUUCAACAACACACCCUUCGUCCAUCAGUAAUACUCCACAGGAGAAGCAUAUAGGGCUGACAAUGAACAAGAAAAAGAAUGAUGCUUAUGAUUUUCCAGAUAGUUUGAUAGCUCACAAAUUUAAGCCAGCUGCAAGAUCUACAAACAAGUAUGCACCAAGUCCUUCAAGCAAUAACUCUCCACCAGCUGCUAAUAUGCCCCUUAAACUACACUCGUCGACAAAUGCUGUUGGCGUACCAAGGCCAAAUGAUACACAAACUACAGUUCCUCAACCUGUCGAAUCAGUUCAUGGUUCGCAGAAGAAAUCUUUUUUCGAGGAUUUACCAAUGCCAAUUCUGAAACAACCAGUUAAACCAGCAAGAGCCGCCUUACCUAAAGCUCAAAUGAGUCAAAGCAUUUCCCCUACAGUCAACACUGCUCAACCGCAAUUACAAAAACCUGUAGUGAAUCCAUAUGCUAAACCAGCCAUGAAUGCUGUUAAAUCACCUCCAAUGAAUUAUGCACCGCAACCACCUCCCCCAAUGGCAAGUAGUAGAGUGGGCUCACAAGUGGCUACUGGCAUGGUUGCACCACCUCCAACAUCGCAGUUUGCAGGUAAUAAUAAUAAUAAUAAUAAUAAUCAUAUGUUACCUCAGACUCAACCGCAGCCUUUCCCUAACAUACAAAACCAAAGCUUGGGCCUGAAUGCAAAUUCGUACGCUCCACAACGUAAAACUUCAAACCCUUCACCAAACCCAAUUAAUACGGCAAUACCUAAAGCCCAAGGCUCUCAAAGUGCUACAAGCCCUUAUGUCCCGAACGCUGGACCUUACGCUCCAAGUAGCCAUAAGAGGACACUGUCACGAGCGAGUUCUUUAAUAGGAGCUAAGAAUAAAGAGGUCAAUCCUUAUGCACCUGCAUCUAUUAUCCCUAACACACAGCAAGGUAUACCACAAGGUAUUAUGAUGCCAAGUAUGGCUAGUCCCACUGCUCAACCAGCUGCGGUGAACAACAAUAUCCAUGGAAGAAGACGUGGAGUUUCGAAUGUUAAGUCAAAUUUUUACCAUAAAGAGCAAAUUGCUCCUAAGGUAGAAAACCCUAAUGCUUUACUUCAACGUCAGUUUCCAAUAUUUAAUUGGAGCAGUUCUAAGAAUGUAGCUUAUAUGACACCAUCGGCAGUCACGAAUACAUAUAACCGUGCAUCAGAAUCCAUUAAUGUUACUGAUAUAAAGGAAGUUUUAAAAGAUAGCCAUUAUCUAUCAUCCUUUCCAGGUCCAUUUAGCAAAGUGAAAACCAAGAAGAAGGACGUGGAAAAAUGGUUAGAAUCAUAUAAUGAAUUUUUGGCUCAGGAUAAUACAGGGGAGAAGCUAGAUGAAUUACUCCUUUCUCAAAUUUUGUUAGCGCUAGUAAGGUUUAAUGGUGAUUGCAAAUCUGAUGAUUUUUCAAAGGCAGCUUGUGCGGUUCUUAAUCCAAGCGUAGAUUAUACUAAUGAUAAUACUCAUAUGGAUAUAAAUUCAAUGUCUGCUAUAGCCAAUGCAUAUAGAUUAGACAAUGCAGGCAUUAAUAUUAUUUGGAGUUUAUUACAAAUAGGUAAUACAGAGAAAGCAUUGGAAUUUUGUUUAUCAAAAGGAGAUUGGGCUCUUGCCUUAAUGAUAGCUAAUUUUGAUGGUCCCGAAAAGUUCGGAAAAAUUGCCUCAGAUUAUGCAAGAUCCACAUUCCCAUACCAGAAAUCUCAAAGUAAGGUUCAUCAUUUGAUGCCAGUUAUGUUAAAAUUAUUUGCUGGGAAUUCCAAGGGUGCAAUUGAUGAUAUUGCUAAUGUUCAAACUGAAGGAGAAUGGUUUAUACAUCAUUGGAGAGACCUUGUUUCGUUGGUUGUAAUUAACAAACCCCAACAGGGACAUGAAUUUUUAUGUGAAUUUAGUAAGCUUUUAACGUUAUCAGGACAAAUAAUCCCCAGCCAAAUUUGUCUUAUUUUAGCUGGACUUCCUUUAUCUAAUGUUCCCUCACAGGCCAAUGGCAUAUUAUUCUCAGUUAUUGGAUUUGGAAGCCAUUCAUUUGCUUAUUCAGAAAUUUAUGAGUAUACAAUCCAAUUAUGCGCAUCCAAUAUUCCUCCAACCGGGUUUCCUCACUUGCUUCCUCUUAAAUUGAAGCAUGCACAGGUAUUGGCUGAUUAUGGAUUAUUUACAGAGUCUCAAAAGUACUGUGAUGCAAUAAGUAAUAUUAUCAAGGCUACUGGAAGAUCAUCAUUUUUUAAUCCAGUUGCAUUUCAAGAAUUUCAAAACUUAUUGAUGAGAAUCUCCCAGUCUAGCUCAACUGAUCUGGGUUGGUUUGGUAGUAAAAAGUUGAAUCUUGAUAAAAUGUGGGACCAGCUUGAUAAAUUUAUUGGAGGUGAUGAAUCUAAGGCUAAGUCUGGCGAAAAUGGUGUUUUCAGCAAGUUUAGUCCAUCAGUUUCUAGGGCGCCAUCAUCGCUAGACAUCACAUCUAUGAAUAAUAACUAUCCACAGACUCUGCCUCAAGGCCGCCCUGAUCACAUAAGAGAUACUUUGAUGGCCACCAAUUCCACUCCAGGAACUUCGUCUGAGAAUUCUAUAUUAAAGCUGAAUGGUUUGUCUUAUAGCAGACCUCCACCAUCACUUUAUUCAAAUAAUAGUACGAGUUCGAUACAAAAGUAUGCUCCAUCUUCCUCUCAGAUAACAUCGAAACCUGUCGUUACUCGCAAUGAUCAACUGUUUUCGUCUCAACAGCAGGUUGCCAACCCUGUGUACGAAUCUUUACAGCAAUCAAGAGUAGUUCCUAAUAAUCCGUCAUCUCAAUAUUUACCAGUUAAUCAAGGUCAGAAUGAAAAUGUCAAGGUUCCGUCGAAAUAUUCACCUAACCCUCAGAAAGUUUACUCUAAUAAUAAUGCUAGCUUUCCUUAUAUGAAUUCAUCAGCACAAUUCUCAAGUCUGUCCAUAGCAUCGCACCAGUCUUUACACAUGGGCAUAUCGGGCGCAAAUAUGAAUCCUCCAGCUCCCGCCAAGAGACCUUCUAUUUCAAAUUCCUUUUCUGAAAAUCAUGUUAAUGGUAAUUCAAUUUCAGGGCAUAAACAUACAUCAUCGCUUCAAAGUGAUAUAAGCUUAGAUUACCCGACUGAAUUUAAGUCGAUGACAAAGGAAGCGAAUGACAAUGCAGCUUUUACAGAUGUACACCUGGGUUUAAAAAAAGAUGCUGAAUAUGUACCUGAAACUAUUACUGAAUUGAGAGAAUCAGAAAAAUCUUCGGAACUUAGAGAUAGUUCUAAUUCAUUAGUUCCACCUCAAGCGGUGGAUGAAGACCAAUAUACUGUCAAGGAACUGACGAGUUCUACAUUGCCACAGGCGCCUCUUCCACCAAAGGGCCAUUCUGUACCAAAAUCAUCUAGUAUUGCUACAAAAAAGACCAGAUCCAGAGCCAAUCCAUAUGCGCCAGGUGCUGUUGCUUCCAGAAAUGGUGGUAACAAUAAGUAUGGGCCACAAUCGAGUAAUAAAUAUGUUUCAAAAAAAGAAGGCAGUAGCCUGUUAGUUGACACACCCUCGGACAUUUCCUAUAAUGAUAUUUUCAACUUAGGGGGACACAAAAUCCCUGAAAAGUCCGAGGUUGAUGAAAGCAAAAGCUUGCAGAAUGAGAAUGAUGCAAGAGAGACUUCAAGCGAAGAGGUAGCCGAAACUAAAGAGGUCAAAGGUACUAUAUCCACCCAGCCAGGAAUACCAAAGGUUGGUCCAUCAUCUCAGAACAGAAAUGUUAAUGUGGAUGAAAGUUUUGAUAGUGAAGGUAUAAACGAUCAUGAUUUCGAGACCAGCAGCCUUCAUACUCCUAAUGCGAGAGCUCCUUUUUCAACUAAUUUAAAUAAUUCUUUCAGGACAAACGAAAAAGAAUCAAUGUUCCAUCCUUAUCAAGAUAACGAAGAUAAAGUUAGACGAAGUUCCGGUUUUGGAGUGGAUAGCAGCUUUGGAGAUUUCCCGAUUCCUGGAUCACCAGAUUUGACAACAAGAGCUAACUCUGUUAUUGGUGGGCCUGGUGGAUUAUUUUCUUCUAGACUAUCUCAGUCCCAACAAUCUGCAUUAUAUCAGCAAUACGAGGUAGAAGAUGAUACUGUCAAAGACUAUAUACCUGUAGUUGAUGAAGAAGAAGAAGAUUCUGACGAUGAGUCGGCGAAGAAAGAAAAGAGAAAGAGGGAAGAACAAGAACGCCAGGCAAAAGUUGAAGCAGAUAGAAAUAGACAAAGGCUAGAUGCCGCUGCUGCUCAAAGCAAUCAGAGAUGGUGGCCUUUCCUGGGAAGGAGAAAUGAUGAUAAGCCAAAGCCUAUUAGGGCUAAAUUAGGGGAAAAGAAUAAAUUUGUUUAUGAUGAAAAGUUGAAAAGGUGGAUUGAUAAAAGCAUUCCACUUGAAGAACAAUUGAAGUCGUCUGCCCCGCCGCCACCACCAGCUGCUAAGAAGAAACCGGUUGAAGGUUCGAGUAGCAGUUUAGGCAAACCGUCCAGUUCAAAUACCCCAAUUGGUCCAAGCAAGCAAGAUACAAGUCCACAACCCUCCAAUUCUCUGAAUGGUGCACCCCUUACAGGACCAUCACCAUCAAGACCAUCACCAUCAGGUCCGCCUCCACCUGCUGGUCCAAGUUUAGCCAAUGCUGGAUUGGAUGAUCUUUUAUCGCUCGGUGGUGGGCCAACUUCAGGACGUAAGACAAAGAAGGGUCCUCGUCGUGGUUAUGUGAACUUGUUAGAUCAAAAGUAA